CCAUCCAUAGCACAACAAAAGCCCUUUCUCUAGCCAAAAUGGCUAAGAUGGCCCCUCUCAUUUCCACUCUUCUAGUGUUACUAGUCUCUCUUAGCUUGCCCCUAGAGUCUUCAGCAAACUACGGUUACUAUUCUCCUCCACCUCCCAAGAAAUCUCCUCCCCCGCCAUCCCCGCCGCCUCCGACUCAUCCCUAUCACUACACAUCGCCACCUCCUCCGGUGCACUCCCCUCCUCCGCCAGCCUACAAAUCCCCCCCUCCGCCCCCUCCUCAUGUGAAACCCUACAAGCCUCACAAAUCUCCACCGCCUCCUCCUAAGGAGCACCCUUACAAAUACAAAUCUCCCCCUCCACCGCCCGUCCCCAAGUCUCUGCCGCCACCUCCUCCCAAGAAGCCCUACGUUUACAAGUCUCCUCCACCACCACCUCCGGUGCCCGAGUCUCCUCCUCCACCACCACCCAAGAAGCCUUACGAGUACAAGUCUCCUCCACCACCUCCACCAGUAUACUCUCCACCCCCUCCACCUCCCAUUUACAAGUCUCCUCCGCCACCGCCACCGAAGAAGCCCUACAAGUACAAGUCCCCACCACCACCUCCGCCGGUUUACUCUCCACCUCCACCCAAGAAGCCAUACAAGUACAAGUCUCCGCCGCCACCUCCACCUCCACCAGUUCACAAGUACCCCCCACCACCUCCUCCAACUUACUCUCCACCUCCACCAAAGAAACCAUAUAAGUACAAGUCCCCGCCCCCACCGCCUCCUCAUGAGAAGCCCUACAAGCACAAGACUCCUCCUCCUCCUCCGGUUUACAAGUCUCCACCACCUCCACCACCCGUCCACAAGCCACCAACCCACCCUUACACUUAUGCAUCACCUCCUCCUCCUCAUCACUACUAGAGGUUGACUGUCGAAAUACUCUCAAAAGGACACGGUGAGUCCUUACCGACGAAAUAAAGAAAAUGGAUGCCGAAGAAUCUCUAUACAGAGAAGGAAAAAGCGAGAGAAUUUCAGCGUUUGCUUUGGCCAACUGAGCUGGAGAAAGAAUAAAUAAACAUAUAGAUGGUUUUCUUUGUUUUCAUGUACUUUGGCUUAUUCGUAGAGGGCUUGUCGUAUGAAUGACUUUGAGCUUUCAGCCUCUGUGAAAAUUUCCGAGGCUGAUCAGAUCAUAUAAUAAGAUAAAUGCCGUGUUUUCCCUUAA